GUACCGGGUAGACACGGCAGGACAUGACCCGCUGAUCUGAAGACGCUUUAACGUCCUCUUUUAGAUUACCGGCGUGUUGGACUCGGACAUAACGGAUGCGGAUACCUGCUCGCGCUGGAUAAGUUUUUGGAUCAGAAAACGGAGCGACAUGGCGCACAUAUCUCUCUGCCUUCUCACUCUGUGGCUGCUGCACGCGGUCGCUUCCUCAGGUGUCUUUGAGCUUAAAGUUCAUUCGUUCACCACGACGCGCCGGUUCUGCAGGAGGGCUCGAGACUGCAACAUCUUUUUCCGAAUUUGCCUCAAGCAUUCUGAAGAUGUUAUCUCUGCCGAGCCCCCGUGCACUUUCGGAACCGGCCAAACGAGCGUGCUCCACGCCGACCAGAGUUCUAUUGCCAACAGCGGCGCCGUCAGAGUUCCGUUUCACUUUAAGUGGCCGGGAACCUUUUCUCUUGUCAUUGAAGCAUGGAAUGCAGAGUCACCUAAAGAGCACGCGGACCACACAGAGAACCAGAACAACCUGAUCAGCCGCUUGGCCACACGCCGCCGCCUGGCGGUCGGGGAGGAUUGGUCCCAGGACGUGCAUUUCGGCGAGAAUAGCGAACUGCGCUAUUCCUACCACGUGCUCUGCGACGAGUUUUACUACGGUGACGCGUGUUCGGAUUACUGCCGCCCCCGCGACGACACACUGGGACACUACACGUGCGACGAAAACGGCAAUAAACAGUGUCUCGAAGGAUGGCAGGGAGACUACUGCUCCGACCCCAUCUGUUCGGCUGACUGCAGCGAUCGCCAUGGUUACUGCGAGGCCCCAGGGGAGUGUAAGUGUCGUCUGGGCUGGCAGGGUGUGUCCUGCAGUGAGUGUGUGAGGCACCCGGGUUGUCUGCACGGCACCUGCAGCCAGCCGUGGCAGUGCGUGUGCGCAGAGGGUUGGGGAGGGCUCUUCUGCAACCAGGACCUCAACUACUGCACGAACCACCGGCCGUGUGCCAACAGCGCAACCUGCACCAACACCGGCCAGGGCAGCUACACCUGCACAUGCAGACCUGGCUACAGCGGAACCAACUGUGAACUUGAGAUCAAUGAAUGUGACUGCAACCCCUGCAAAAAUGGAGGCAGCUGCAAUGAUCUGGAGAAUGAUUAUUCCUGCACCUGUCCCCAAGGCUUCUAUGGGAAGAACUGUGAGAUUGUAGCGAUGACGUGCGCUGAUGACCCGUGCUUUAACGGUGGCUCGUGUGAGGGGCGCUCCACGGGGGGCUACGCCUGCCACUGCCCCGCCGCCUACACUGGCUCCAACUGUGAGAAGAGACUGGAUCGCUGCAGCCACAAACCAUGUACCAACGGUGGUGAGUGUGUUGAUCUGGGUUCUGGUGUUCUCUGUCGCUGUCGUCGUGGUUAUGUGGGCCCUCGCUGUGUCAUUAACGUGGACGACUGCGCCGCGUCUCCCUGUCAGAAUUCUGGCACAUGCGUGGACGGCGUAAACGACUACACGUGCACCUGCACGCUUGGCUUCACGGGUAAGAACUGCAGUGUGCGUGCAGAUGCUUGCCUCACCUACCCGUGCCUGCACGGUGGUACGUGCUACACACACUUCUCUGGCCCAGUGUGCCAGUGUGUCCCGGGGUUCAUGGGGCCUAGCUGCGAAUUCCCAGUGUUGGAGCGGGCAGGCCUCGACCGGGCCACACCCCGGACGUCCCGUGGCUCCUCCCCCUCGACGGUGGCUGCAUUGUGCAUCCUGGCCGUGCUGUCUGUGUGUUUGGGUGUGUGUGUUGGGGUCGUGUUCCUGCGACGGAGGAGGCACAGACUCAGGAGGCAGCAGUUCUGUGAUUCGGUCUUUAACGACCUGGAGACAGUUAACAACUUUGACAGGCAGCCUUACACUUACGACCGGGACUUCCUGCCCAGAGCUGUCAGUCAAUCAAAACCUACUAACACUGGAGCCAGGCUCAGCUGCUCAUUGGCUGCUGGUCACACUCUUCCUGCUGGGCGGGACCUCCUCUGGAGUGCAGGGGUGGUAGGGCUGAGAUAACUGUAAAUACACAAGUUCACAAAACAAGCUUCAUAACCACAUUCACAUACAUAAUCAGCACACACAUAAGACAUAUUUACAUAAGACACAUGAACAAAAAACAAUUCCUGAGUCUAGCACUUCUGUUUUUGUCCCCUUUCUGUCACACAACUCCAUCGGGUAGAACUUUCCUCUCAGUUUAGAAGGAACAGUGGAGUUUUGACUUUAAAUAAAUAAAUAAAUAAAAUACAGUUGUGCACACACACACACACAUAGACAUGCACACACACACAUUUACA